GUGUUUUUUCUCCCGAAAUUUGUUGAUCGGAAUUUCUAGGGUUCUGUCCGCUUCGGCUUUGAUUCUCUACGAAGAACUAGAGAGAUCCGCCACUCUUAAAAAAGAAUCAGACGUUAGGUUUUGGAUUAUACAACGAGUAGAACAAUGACUCGUGGUAAAAAUAAAAGACAUAGACAAGGGGAUGAUGAUGGUGGAACUUCUGAAAUCUGGAGGUACGACUAACUGGUGAUGAUAUAAGUGAUUGUUUUUGUUUUUGUUUUUCUUAGCUUAUGAAAUGGAAUUUGAACUUAUUGUUGGUUUAUUUUUUUUUAACAAGCUUAUUGUUUGUUUAUUUAUCGUCUUUGUGUAGGAAAAUACACAAAACUGGUGUUGCAACUGAUGAUAAUAUGAAUCAACUGUAUAUGAUUACGAAGCCGGUCUGUUCAGGCUGUCGUGUUAAUACUAAAGACAACCCAAAUUGCUUUUGUGCAUUGGUUCCGUCUCCAAGUGGAACACGGAAGUUUGGUUUAUGGCAGAAGAUAUCUGAUUUUGUUGAUAGUCUUGGCUUUGACCCAAACACGGAACUUCGUGCAUCUGCUAAUUCACCCGCAGGACUCACAAAUCUUGGUGCAACGUGUUAUGCUAAUAGCAUACUCCAAUGCUUGUAUAUGAAUAAACAUUUCCGAGAAGGAUUGUUUUCAGUAGAACCAGAUGUUUUACAGCAGGAACCGGUGUUGGAUCAACUGGCUCGGCUUUUUGCACAGCUGCAUUUAAGUAAAAAGACUUUCAUAGAUUCUGCUCCAUUUGUAAAAACACUGGAAUUAGAUAAUGAAGUUCAGCAGGAUAGCCAUGAGUUCUUGACAUUGCUUCUGUCGUUGGUUGAGGGUUGCCUUAGGUGUUCCAAAAUUUCCAAGGCAAGGACGAUAGUUCAAGAUCUUUUCCGCGGAAGUGUGUCUCAUGUGACAACAUGUUCACAAUGUGGAAAAGACUCUGAAUCUUCAUCCAAAAUGGAAGACUUCUAUGAGUUGGAGUUGAAUGUCAAGGGAUUGAAAAGUUUAGAUGAGAGCUUAGAUGACUACCUCACUGUUGAAGAGCUUAAUGGAGACAAUCAAUAUUUUUGUGCGUCAUGUAAAACAAGAGUUGACGCUACUCGCAGCAUCAAGCUACUAACAUUACCCGAAGUGCUUAAUUUUCAGCUUAAGCGCUAUGUCUUUCUUCCAAAGACAACAACAAAGAAGAAAGUUACUACUCCAUUUUCAUUUCCCGCUGAACUUAGUAUGCACCACAGAUUGGCUGUGCCAUCUCAGUCUGAAUUGAUAUAUGACUUGUCAGCUGUACUGAUACACAAGGGAACUGCAGCUAAUAGUGGUCAUUACAUUGCUCACAUCAAGGAUGAAAACACUGGACAAUGGUGGAAAUUCGAUGAUGAGGUUGUUACUAACUUGGGCCAUUCUCCAUUUUUCAAAGAAGCUUCAUCCUCUGCUUCUAAAUCUGCUAAGAAUGAUGUAGAUCAUUCUAAUUUAUCUGAAGCAAGGGUAGCUGACAGUACAUUUUCAUCUAGCGAUGCCUAUAUGUUGAUGUAUCAUCUUAAGCAAAGCAAAAUUUUUAGUGAGACCCAUACUGAAAGAGAUGCUGGUUCAGUUACUGCACAAGACAAUGAUUGUCUUCCUUCUCAUUUUUGUGAAGAGAUUCAAAAUUUCAAUGCCUCAUAUCUUGAUGCUUGCCAGCAGUACAACCAUAGGAAAGAGGUAGAAUUGAGUCAUAUCAAUGAGAGAAAAGAAGAAGUUCGAUCUGUUUUAGCUGAAGCUUCUGUACGACAACUGGAACAACCAUUUUUUUGGAUUUAUAGUGACUGGCUUCGCCAAUGGGCCGAAAAUGUUACUCCAAGUGCUAUUGACAACGCGUCUAUCCAAUGUUCACAUGGUAAAGUCCCAGUGUCAAAGGUUACCUCGGCAAAGAGAUUGUCUUCUAAAGCAUGGGAUAGAUUACUGUCUAAGUAUGGUGGGGGCCCAACACUUUCUCAGGAUGACUGCUGUUUGGAUUGUCUGAUUGACGGGGCUCGGAAUGUCGUUUCAGCUGACACUUACCGGGAUCGAAGAGAAUCAUUUAAGCAACUUGCACGGGAUAUUCUUGAUGGAAAAAAUGAAGACGGAAAGUACUAUGUGUCUAGAUCAUGGUUGCAGCAAUGGUGGAAAAGAAAAGUCACCGAUGCUCCAUCCGAAGCUGAUUCUGGACCGACAGCAGCUAUUAGUUGUCCACAUGGACAACUUAUGCCUGAGCAAGCAACUGGUGCUAAGCGGGUGCUUGUUCCUGAGGGUUUUUGGCACUUCUUAUAUGAAGAUGCUACUUCUGUGAAAAACGAUGUUCUGGUCUGCCCUACUUUUCCUUCAGACUCCAGAGAGUGCUCCGAAUGCAGUAGCGAAUUAUCUGAAGUGGCUUGCAUGGAGGACUCUAUGAGGUUAUUAAAACAAAAGCAGCGUCAAAGUCAUGAGAAACUGUUCAGUGGGAAAAGUACUGCACUCUCUUUAGAUUGCAAGUAUUUCUUAAUUCCUUCCUCUUGGAUUUCAAAAUGGAGAAAUUAUGUCAACCCAACAGGCAAGAAUUCUGAUACACCUGAAACAUUAAAUGUGGUGAUUGGUUCACUGAUCUGUGAAAAGCACUCACGACUCAUUGAAAGGCCUCCGGAACUGAUUUUCAGACGUGGUGCUAUAUUUCCAAGAGAGCCUUCUGGCAGUGGCUUGACCAUCAUAUCUGAGAAUGAUUGGAAAUGUUUUUGCGAAGAAUGGGGUGCUAUUGAGACCCAAGGAGUAUCUGCAAAGAUUGAGAAUAUUAAUGAUUCGGUGAAUGCUAUAGCUGGAUCUUGUGAAGAGAUGGCAAUAUGUGAGGACCAGUUGGCCAAUUGGGAUAAGGUGAAUAAUGAAAGUGGGAAUGGUCAAGUUUUAAUCAAGACUUGCCCUGAGGUUUGUGAAAGUUGCAUUGGAGAAAAAGAAAGCCGUGAGUUAGCGCAUAAACUUAAUUAUUGCAAUGAGGAUAUAUGUGUAAUUCUUGUCCGCGGAAAGGAGGUCCCUAGAUCAAUCUCGGAGGCUUCAAAGGGAAGAGUUUCUAAACGCUCCAGGAAGACUAAAAAUGGGACUUCAAUUAAUCUAAAAGUGUCUGCUUCAACAUCAAUUUACCAGCUGAAAAUGAUGAUAUGGGAAUCCUUUGGGGUUGUCAUAGAAAACCAGAUACUACAAAAAGGUGAUAUAACCAUUGAUAACAAUGACGAAAAUACUACACUUGUGGACGUCAACAUAUUUGCUGGAGAUCAGAUUAUUUUGAGGGACUCUGAGAUCCAUGAAAAUCGAGACAUUGCUGAUGAGCUGUGUAACGAGGAAAAGGGUACGGGUACACGGCAUACCGAGGGAGGGUUUCGUGGAACACUCUUAACUUCAAAUGUUUCAUCUCAGGUUGUUUAGGAACCUCUUUCAUUGGUAUCAUCUUUUGUGACAUUUUUAUGUGUAAAUAUUCCAAAGGAAAAAAAAACAAUUGAAUGAGAAAAGAAAUGGUAUGGUGGAAUGCAACCAUGUAAAUCUUUGUGUACCGUUGGAUGUUUUGGUUUUAUGCCUUAGUAACGGCAAAUUUUGGAAAUGCAUUUGAUGUUUUGAUUCUAUACAUGAACAAAAUAUCAAGAA